CAGUGAACCGCGAUCGGAAAUUAAAGGGAGCUUGCUCUCUCUGCAGCUGUAUACAAUCUAGUAAGGUGUCAUAAUAAGGUUCAAAUACAGUGAAAAAUCAAACAGAAUCGGAUGUUUUUCUAAAUUUAUCAGAUUCCAUAAUGAUAUGAAAUUGAACUUAGAUUUUUAUGCGCAAUCGUAACUCACAGUUACACUGUAUUAACAUUUUAAGCCUGUGAUUAGGCUUAGCCACACCCCAUUGCGGCGUUUUGAUAUUCGGAUGCAAUCCGCUUGUUUGAGCAGGUACUAAGGUAGCGUUUUUGGUAUAUUUUUCUCUUUCUUCUUCACAAAGACCAUCACCAUUCCAGUUUGUGUUAUUAUUUAAGACAAAAUAAUCAUGUGCGCUUAUAAUUAUUGCUAUGAAUUCACAUCCAUGCUAUUAUUUGUAUAACAAACAAAGUGAUAGAUGUGGAUAAAUUGGCUGUCAUAAACAAUAAUUUUUAUCAACAAAGUUGCUUCGAAUAACUAUCUCCUUCAAGCAACAUUAUGGCUUGUUGUAUGAGUGAUGAGGCCAAAGAACAAAAACGUAUAAAUCAAGAAAUUGAGAAACAAUUAAGGAAGGAUAAAAGAGAUGCCCGUCGAGAACUGAAAUUAUUAUUAUUAGGAACUGGAGAAUCAGGAAAAAGUACCUUUAUAAAACAAAUGAGAAUUAUCCAUGGUUCUGGCUAUUCUGAUGAAGACAAAAGAAGUUUUAUAAAGCUAGUUUACCAAAAUAUAUUUAUGGCUAUGCAAAGUAUGAUCAAAGCAAUGGAAUUAUUGAAAAUUGAAUACAAAGAUCCUUCUAACCAUACAAAUGCUGAGCUUGUUCGAAGUGUGGAUUUUGAAACGGUGACCACAUUUGAACAACAGUUUGUUAAUGCUAUCCGAGCAUUAUGGAAUGAUCCUGGUAUACAAGAAUGUUAUGAUAGAAGAAGGGAGUAUCAGCUUACAGAUUCUGCAAAGUACUAUCUUAGUGACUUGGAAAGAAUUGCUCUGCCAGAUUAUCUACCAACACAACAAGAUAUUCUUCGUGUGAGAGUUCCAACAACUGGAAUUAUUGAGUAUCCAUUUGAUUUGGAUUCUAUUAUAUUCAGAAUGGUAGACGUUGGUGGUCAACGUUCUGAACGAAGAAAGUGGAUUCAUUGUUUUGAAAAUGUAACUUCUAUAAUAUUUUUAGUUGCUUUGAGUGAAUAUGAUCAAAUUUUGUUUGAAUCAGAUAAUGAGAAUCGUAUGGAAGAAAGUAAAGCAUUGUUUAAAACUAUCAUCACAUAUCCAUGGUUUCAAAACUCAUCAGUCAUCCUUUUUCUCAACAAGAAAGAUCUCUUAGAAGAAAAAAUUAUGGUCUCACAUUUGGUUGAUUAUUUCCCAGAAUAUGAUGGUCCUACACAAGAUCAUAUUGCUGCACGAGAAUUCAUUUUAAAAAUGUAUCUUUCUCAAAAUCCUGAUCCUGAUCGAAUGGUGUAUUCUCAUUUUACAUGUGCAACAGAUACUGAAAAUAUUCGACUGGUAUUUUGUGCUGUAAAAGAUACAAUUCUCCAAAACAACUUGAAAGAAUGUAAUCUUGCCUGAGAAAUUGGAAAACUUAUCAAAAUAUUAAGCAUGCCUAAAUACUGAAAACAUUAGAUUCGUUUUUGCUGCAGUGAAAGACACCAUUCUUCAGCAAAAUCUUAAAGAAUAUAACCUUGUAUAAGUGGAAAAAUUAGCAUUUUUACUAUCCUGGCUCCUCUUACUGAGUCACUGUCAAGCUACCUUUUGGUUAGCUCUUUUGAUGGUGAACCCUUUUCCCGAAACAAAAUCAAUUUUGCUACUUGCAAAUAUAUAUAUAAUAUAUAUAUAUAUUAAAAAUCUGCAAAGCAAAUUUAAAAUGCUUGGCAGAAUAGAGCGAUUUUUAGCAUGGAUGCUAUCAAUCUACAAGCAUGAUAACUGUGAAGAUGAUUUGAUAGCUGUGGGGAUUUAUGGAUUUCUUGGAUGGACUAAGUUAGUGCAAAAAUUACUUCUUUUUUUUCCCCCUCAUCUGUGUAGAAGACAAUUUAGAGUUAAGGAAUGAAACUUUUUUUUUGUAUAUAAAAAAAAGUAUUAAAUUCUAUUGAAAUACUGUGGAAAUUGUAUAUGUGCCAAUAUGUUUACAAUGGAGAAGGGAGAAAAUUUUGGGGGGAAAUUUUUGCUCAGAAUUUUUGUAGUAUUUACUUUUUCUUUUUAGCUUUUUGAAAGUAGAUAUUUUCAACAGGUUGAUUUUUUUUUAUUCAUUAAAGUCAUGUUUGUAUGUUUGAUUGAGCAAGGAGCCAAAAUGAAAAAAAAGAAAAAAAAGGGAUAUUGUCUUCUCCUGUAUGUAUACUUAAAGCUGCAUGUUGUAAAACAUAUUACCUGGGCAAAAAGUUUUGUACAGACUGGUUUUUAAAUUAUCGUUUUACAUUAAAAAAUUUCUUCUAUAGAUGAUGUUUUUAUGCGAUUUACAUCUGCACGAGGAGGUCCUCAUGUGGUUUCAUUCUAAAUAUAUUUAGGGAGUCCAAUUCUGUGAUCAUUUAGCUCAGCUUAGUGAUAACAGUUACAUAGUAAACUUCUCAGCUAAAAGCAUUGUGUUCAGAUGGGUCCAAAAUUGUAAAUGUAGAAAUGUCUGUUGCAUGAUAUGUUUCUUUUUAAACAAUUUUUUUAAUUAAAUUGUUUUAAAGCAGAAAUGUCAAGAUUGGACAGGUGUUUUAAGUAAUGUUAAGAUAAUGGAUUUACACUGCAAUAAAUGAAAGUUUUUGAACUGAAUUUUCUCAAGAUAUGUAUAAUUGAAUAAAUACAUGAGUUGUUGAAUUAUGAACUCCAACUUGUUCAGAAGCUCUAAAUAACUGAUAUUGACUUGAUAGAAUGAUUAUCUUAUGUUCUCUUUGAAACUAGUCAGUUGAACAUAUCUCUUGAUAUGGACCUUUUAAUAAAGGGACUUUUCUUGGUUUUGUGACAAAAUAUAAGCAGAAUGAACUUAACUCAUGUGCUUAAUGAGCAUGACCUUCCCAAAAGUAGAUUUUAAAUAUCUAUUAUUAGAAUAGAAGAUAUUGCUUGAGUGACUUUUUGUAAAUCCCUGUGAACAAUAUGUGUGAAAGAUAGAUUUUUUUGAAUGAAUGGAAAGAUAGUUGAAAGAAUUUAACAUUGAGUGGGUUUUAAUUAAAGGACUGUCUAUUAUAAUAUUGUUAUGAAUUGAAUAUUUUGUUUGUGAAAAAGAAUUUUGAAAUCGAGCUAAUGUUAAAGUAUUAAUUAUAAUAUUAGGUACUACUUUGUAUACUCUUUUGAUAUAUUUUAAAAAGGAGAUUAUGUUGUGAUAAAUAAUGAAAAAUAAUAUUUGUAAAUUAUUAGUAUUGUUUUCUUUAGUUUAAGAUAUAUUUCUUUCAGAUAACUCUGUUGUUUAUAUGCCAUUUAUUGUUUAUAACAUAACAAUUCAAUCAUGUUUUUAUUUGAAGAUUUUUUUGCCCUAACAGCAAGGUAAUUUCUGGUCAAUAUAUUUAAAAGAAAAGAAAAAAAUCUUAAAAGUGAAAUCGUCAUUUUAUUAUGUAUAGAAAAAUUACUACUUUCUUGUGUGAAUGUAGCCUUCAAGGUGAGGAAUUAAUUGAAAUUCCCCUUUUUUUUUUGUAUUUAAAAACUGAAAAGUUUUACUGUGUAUAGAAUUGUCCUUGUAUAUUUAUCCUCAUUUUUUUACUUGCACCUAAGUCGGUAUUGUAACAUACAUAAUUUUCCCCUUGCAUCUUUUGUGUGAUUAAUUCUGUUACUGAUCAUGUGUGUUAUUUGCAAAAACUGAUCAGCCUUCUUAUAUUGUUGGUGCUUUUAAAAAUAUACUACUAUUCCUUGCAUUUUGCAUGCAAUGGUAGUGUGAAAAUCCUGUUUUAGUGUUACUAUGCUUUGAUCUAUAUAUACUAUAGAUAAGAUCAGUGAUGAGAUUUUGUAAGAUAAAUAAAAGAAAUGUUGCAUUUUGUUUUGUUUGUCUUCAGACAUCUUUUCAGGCAUUUGUUAUUUACAUGCCACUAAAUGUUUGUAAAGUUAAAAAUAAUUCGAAUGGUGUCUUGGCUGCUACUAUGCUCAGUAAUAUUUUAUAAUAAAAUUUGAGGUCAUUUCAUACUCUAUAUAAAAUGUAGUUGAUAUUCUUUUUUUUUUUUUAAGCUUUUCCUUUAGAAUGAUUAAUAAACAUGCAUUAUUUAUAAAAAUUGA